UGGGGGCCAUGUUGGAGUACCGGUGCUGCUUUCACGCAUUUCUUCACACACUUUCAGCAUGGCAGCGGACAGCACAAUGUCUAAUGGUCAGGAAACCGCCUCCCUGAACGGUGAGCCCGUGCUCAAGCGUUCCCGGGAAAGCGGAGGGGUGGAAUCUCUGCGGAUCCCGCGGGAGCCUCAGAAUAAAGUGACGGUAGUGCUGGGCGCUCAGUGGGGAGAUGAGGGGAAGGGGAAAGUGGUCGAUCUCUUGGCUAUGGACGCCGACAUUGUUUGUAGAUGCCAGGGAGGAAAUAACGCUGGACACACAGUGGUGGUCGACUCGGUGGAAUAUGAUUUUCACUUAUUGCCUAGUGGCGUUCUCAACAAAAAGGCCGUCUCGUUCAUUGGAAAUGGUGUUGUGAUACACCUGCCAGGGCUGUUUGAUGAGGCUGAGAAGAACUUGCAAAAAGGCAAUGGACUUCAAGGAUGGGAGGAACGACUGAAGAUAUCUGACCGGGCACAUAUUGUGUUCAACUUCCAUCAGGCAGUUGAUGGGAUACAGGAGCAGCUCAGACAGGAACAGGCAGGGAAGAAUUUAGGCACCACUAAGAAGGGCAUUGGCCCUGCAUAUUCCUCCAAAGCUGCUCGUAAUGGACUGAGAGUGUGUGAUCUGGUCUCCGACUUUUCAGUCUUUGAGGAAAAGUUUCGAGUGCUGGCUUGCCAUUUUCAGACCACAUACCCUAAACUUAACAUCAAUGUUGAUGCUGAGCUCGAGCAGCUGAAGGGUUAUGCUGAAAGGUUACGACCUUUAGUAACUGAUGGAGUUUAUUUCAUGCACAAAGCCCUCACUGGACCAAGCAAGAAGAUUCUGGUGGAAGGAGCCAAUGCUGCCCUACUGGAUAUUGAUUUUGGCACCUAUCCCUUUGUAACUUCAUCAAAUUGCACUGUUGGAGGUGUGUGCACAGGCCUUGGUGUCCCCCCAUCUCACGUUGGCCGAGUGUAUGGAGUGGUAAAGGCCUACACCACCAGGGUCGGAGUGGGAGCAUUUCCCACUGAGCAAGAUAAUGAUGUGGGGAAUCUGCUGCAGAGCAGAGGGAGGGAAUUCGGUGUUACGACAGGCAGGCGGCGCCGCUGUGGAUGGCUGGAUCUGGUUUUGGUUCGCUACGCCCACAUGGUUAAUGGUUUCACAGCCAUUGCACUAACCAAGUUGGACAUUCUUGACACAUUGCCAGAAAUAAAGGUUGGCGUAGCCUACACUGUUGAUGGAAAGCCUCUUCCCAGUUUUCCUGCUAACAUGGAUGUGCUGACCAAGGUUCAAGUGACCUAUGAGACGUUGCCUGGCUGGGGUUGUAGUACUGAGGGAGUGCGCAGUUUUGAUGAACUGCCGACUCAGGCACAGGCUUACAUUCGCUUUAUUGAGAAUUUCCUACAGUUGCCAGUGAAGUGGGUGGGAGUUGGCAAGUCCAGAGAAAGCAUGAUAAAGCUGUUUUGAUGAGAAGAACAGAAAAAACUGAACUUCAUUUAAUGGUCUGCCAGGAUGUCUGACAUUGUGACAAUUGGGUGACCAGAAGUUUUUUUUAUAUGCAUCAGCGCUGAGUUUAAGACUGACCGUGGGUUUAGAAUCCACAGAAUGUACCACUCAAAGUGAACACCAGCAAUGUGUCUAGACGUCAGGUUUGGAUAAACCUGGCCCUGCUUCCUUGCGAUCUUAAUUCCUUGACAUGUAACUGUUCGUUUCAAAGCGCUCCUCCAAUCAUACCCAUUAAUCAUUAGUAGUAGGCUGAAGCCUUCGUCAAUUAUCUGAUGAAUUGUGGAGCUUCAGAUAGAGGGGCGUCAUUUUUUACCAUAUCUCUUAAAAUUGAAUUUUGCACCUUUUUCAUUCUGAGCAUUUAAAGAAAAUACUAUAUUCAUUGCUAUUAGGUGGAUAAAACCAAGCUGAUUUUUAAGGUGUCAUGUACUGCGCUGUUCAUUUUUUACGUGAUCAAGUGUGGAGUGAGCGUAAGAUCUUGUUUUGUCUUUUUAAUUUGAUGUUUGUGAAUACUCUUGAGAAUGGUUUUGACGUGGUUUAAAUGCCAAAAGGGACCUUCACACAAGACGUUGUAAUAUUGAAAAAACAAGGCAUUGUUAACCAUCUGUCAAUGAUCAUGCACUCAGUCACAGUGCUUGAAAAAAGGACAGCAAUAUAUGCACAAAUAUUUUUUGCAUUUCACCUUAUGUACAAACUCAUUUGCUGCUGUUUUAUGAACAAUAAAGUGCAAAACUUUGCUACUGAUUGUGGCUUUAAGUAAA